AUGGAACCCCUUGAUCAAAGCCUGAAUUCUGAGCAUCUUUCGCUCGAAACCAAAAUCUUCAUCAUCAAAGUCUUCUGCGGCCAAAAGCCGGCUGGCGCGCUGAACCCCACGUUGCUUGACGACGACAAGCUCUCGGACGCCUUUCUCGAACCUUACUUCAGAUACUACUUUCAACAAUGCGACUUGAUCGCCAGCCAUGAUAAUGGAAAAUACUCCUCCUUAAAUACGCAUCGGGAUGUCGCCCAAGUAGGUCUAGUCUUGCGAGACGCCCAGGACCGAAAAGACGCCUUGCAGCGGCUACCGAAAUUACUUGAGAGUGGUACAAAAGACCAGCACGAAAAUACGAUCUGUCUUGUUGCUAGACUCCUCCUCAUGGUGCGGAUCGGUGAAGUCCCACACGAAUUCCUUGGCGGCAGACACAUCGAGUGGAACGAGGGGAGCUUGAAAGACUUCAUUCACGGCUAUUUUUCUACCCCUUCAGUACUCAAUCAUGAAAAAGUUAAGUUUGAAAAAUCAUUCAAUGCACUUAGCGUUCAGCUGGUUGCAGGACUGGAAAUCCGGUGGACGGACAACAUGGCGGAUCACCUGCGACUCGUAAACUUUGAUAGUGUUGUUUGCGUGUUUCAUCACGCCGCAUUCCUUCAACACCAUAUUGACAACACAAUGUUUCCUCCCGAUUUCAUUCAAGAGACACUCAGGACCAUUGCUUUACUCUUCCCAGAGUACGACAAAGAGAUGAGAAAGUGGUACCGGACGCAAGUUGCAAAACACGAACUGGACGCAACUGCAAUGAAUAGCGGUCAACUAAUUGCCGAUGAGCGACAAUUAGAGUCGUUCAAAUACUGGCACGACCGGCUCGUGGUGUUGAAGCAAGUAUACGAUGAAUCGAGACCCAAUUCGAUAUCUCAGUGGUGGCAUGACCGCCGUAAUGGAGUCCAAUGGUACACAUUCUGGGUGGCUAUUAUUGUUUUAGCUCUGACAAUUUUCUUUGGUCUGGUACAAAGUAUUGAAGGGGCUUUGCAAGUUUAUAAGGCUUUUAAUUCGAAUUAG